CAGCGCCAUCUAAUGAAGACUUUCGUGAUCGAGAUUGGAAUCAAAAAUAUUGGUCUAUGGAUCGGGAGAACGCAAAUCGUCACGCUAAAGUGUCAGAAAUCGAUAUAGGAGACACAGUCCUGAUGCAGAAUUUGACUCCAGGAAACAAACUUAGUACGACAUACGGUCCAGCAGAAUAUACAGUUCUCUCAAAGGAAGGGUCGCGGAUGACUGUUCAGAAUGAAUCUACAGGGAAAAUCUUCCAGCGGAACUCGGCUCAUUUGAAAAAGAUUUCCCUACCAGUUCAAGGCGAGCAGGGUGAAGGUUCGGUUGUUUCCUCACCGCCGCAGAUUCAACCAGUUCCGGAAGGUCAACAAUCAACGGAUGCAUCUGUCUCUCCUAUGGAAAUGAACAACGAUCAAAGCGACGGUACAGCCAAUUCUGAUACCAGGCCGAAGCGUGCAGUUCGCAGACCAUUAAGGUUUGAUGACUAUGUGGAGGACUACAAUGGAUGAGUCAAUGUCUUGAGAAAAAAGGAGAUGUGAUACUUUGUAUGUACAAUACCUUGCGUUAUAAAUAC